AUGCUAUCUCGUGAUCGCCGUUUCGCGCUUCAAACUCAAGUUAAAUGGGUUUUCGACGCGUUCAGUCCGUUCAACUCCGUCUCUCCUCUCCUUAGUGGCCGUCUGUUUAUUGAGGCACCACCAAUUGGCACUAAGGAACCCCCUUCUCUAUGCCAGCAUACGCUGGUCAGCCCGCUUAAGUUGACAUGCUCCAUGCUGCUUUUGACAACGUACGUUUGGCCAGGACAUGAAGUGUCUUUAAUGCAAAGAGCACAGCUAUUGCGUCCAAGCAUGUUCCGCAACUCGGCAGGGACGCGGAUCUUUUUGCGGCGUCCAAUAGGCACCGCAGCUUGGGCAUUCAACAAAGAUAUGCAGUUCUGCACGACAGUGGCAAGCACUAAAGUUUGGCCCAUCAAGUAUUCGGGUACUUAUGCCGGAGAUGAGGAGAGAGUGAUGGACUCUUCGAUCUCGGGUGGUGCCACUCACCGCCCGGGAUCUAUCACGUGGUCUCCGAACACCCGCGGACCAAGUGAUCUGGCCCUCUGGUCGCGGGACGACUUGAAGUUACUGACCAGCCUAGAGCUUCCUCCAGCACACACAGCGACUAUUCUGGACCCUGGAGUUAGAUGCGAUUCCGCCGCGGACCUACCUGAUCCGCAGUAUACCUUGUUGUUUACUCCACUCGGGGAUAAGGACACCAAAAUAACGCAGUCCUUGACGGGAAUUCUGUUUGUGUGGCUUCUACCCGCGAAGUUCAAGAAAGAGUUGGUACUGAUGGGCCUGGUUGCAGACGGCACAGAACGUCACAUAGAGAAGGAGCGCAUCGAAGCCGACGCCGACCUUGCCGCGAACUGGUGGACCCUUGGAACGUCAUCAUACGUGGUUCCCAUUCAAGCUGAAUAG